GUGUGCGCAUGCGCGUCACAGCUCUCAAUCUCGUCAGUUUUGGCCCUCCUGAGUCUCCGUAGCCGCCGUUGCUGUCAAACCGCGUCGCGUCGGCGCCGUGGAGGAGGCAGAGACGGGACGAUGGCAGCUGUCCAUCCUCAGGACGACCUGCUGAAGAUGACCCACAGGGAGAACUGGAAGCUGCAGCACGAGCGCCUGCACCUGAAGCACCGCGGCCACGAGGCCAUGCACGCCGAGAUGGUGCUGAUCCUCAUCGCCACGCUGGUGGUGGCGCAGAUCUUGUUGGUGCAGUGGAAGCAGCGGCACCACCGCUCCUACAACCUGGUGACUCUGGUCCAGAUGUGGGUGGUUCCGCUGUAUUUCACCAUCAAACUGUACUGGUGGAGGUUUCUGUCCAUGUGGGGGAUGUUCUCCGUGGUCACCAGCUACGUCAUCUUCAGAGCCACCCGCAAACCGCUGUCCUGCAGGACGCCCAGGAUGGUCUACAAGUGGUUCCUGCUGAUCUACAAGCUGAGUUACGCCGUCGGGGUUCUAGGUUACCUGGCCAUCAUCUUCACCAUGUUCGGCUUCAACGUUUUCUUCAGGAUAAAGGCGGAGGACUCCAUGGACGUGGGCGUGAUCAUGCUGUUCUACGGUCUGUAUUACGGCGUCAUGGGGAGGGACUUUGCUGAGAUCUGCUCCGACUACAUGGCCUCCACGAUCGGGGUGAAGCGGCGCUCAUGCAUCCCAGAUGCAGCGAAUCAAUCUCUCUCAGUAACUCUGCUGUGUCUGCAGUACUACAGUAAGGGAGGAAUGCCCAGCAGGAGCCUCUCCAACGACAUCUGUGCCGUGUGCGGUCAGAGGAUCCUGGUGGACGUGGAGGAGGAGGGCUUCAUCGAAGACACCUACCAGCUCUCCUGUGGACACAUAUUCCAUGAGUUCUGCAUCCGCGGCUGGUGCAUUGUGGGUAAGAAACAGACGUGCCCGUACUGCAACGAGAAGGUGGACCUGAAGAGGAUGAUGAACAACCCCUGGGAGAAGACCCACGUCCUGUACGGCCAGCUGCUGGACUGGCUCAGGUACUUGGUGGCCUGGCAGCCCAUCAUCAUCGGUGUGGUUCACGGCAUCAACUUCUCCCUGGGCCUAGAGUAGAGCCCUGAGGAACGCUGCUGUGACUUUCAGCGUUGACGUGAGCUCUAAAAGACGCCGAUUCGCGGUGCUGUUGGUGUGGAUCCCUCAGUUUCCUGUGGAGGAUUACCCAGAAUCCCCCAGGUUUCUGUGAGCACAGAGUGCUGCCAAAGUCAAGAGAAACUUGGACGGUUGAAACGGUUCGUUUUUGCCCGUCACGCGCUUUUAUUCGCUCCCUCCUAUGUUGACACGACUGCCAUGUUCCUUUGCACACGUUUGAUACAACGGUUACAUCAUCAGACAGCUUUACACUCCAUGAAGCUUUUGAAAGUGUUACGUUUAUGCAGAAAACUCUUUGAUUUUAUUUAUACCACGUCUGUUUUAAGGCUAAUUUAUUGUUUAAAUGCAUCAACGGGGAAACUUUAGGACAUUUAUACCAGGAAAAAAAACAUUUUCAGUUAAAAAAAAAACAAUUGUUGUUAACCGUUGUUGUAUUUAAUAAAAUUUAGAAUUUUUUUCA